CUCCGUUUCAAUGGAAUAUAAACUGCGCAAUUUCUUUUAAGGACUGCCUGCUCUGAUCGCGGUGGAUCGUUACUCUCUAGGAAAUGGAUAUCAGUUGUGUUUUUGGAUGGUUGGGGAAUCCAUGCCCAUUGCAACCCCCGCUGCUUUGGCGGCUACAGGAGCUGGCGAUUUUAAUUUUUUAAUUUUUUAAUUUUUAUACCAGAUGGGUCUUCAGAGGAGUAAAGGAGAUGUGCAAUCAUUCAGAAAGGCGAUAUGACUGUGCAAAGAUGCAAGAUCAGAGAUGAGUCUAUCCGUCAUGCCAUGCACAUGGGCGAACACAUGCACAUUUCCUCAGCCUGGGUUGUGAUCUAUCUGCGUGUACAGUGCUCCCCCGUGUCGACGUUCGCACCUAAACGCGUUAUGGAUGUUGAAUGGGGCUUCAUGAUGAUUUUUGGGCAGAGGGCUUUUAGGGGGCUGCGUCAUCCGUGGCUGGGAAAGAAGAUGGACAGCUUUGCAGAUUCCCCACUAUUACACUGUUUUAACAGCGAGAGUCAGCGCGGCACCUCCCCAGCAGAUUUUGGAUUGCACAUUAAACGAAAAACAGUGAGGAACAUGGCCAAGCAUUGCUGUGCUAUGUUUGCAGAACCACCAGCGCCUCACUGAAGCCACAAGUGAAACAUCUUACUGGGUGUCUGACCUUCUGUAGGCCUGUCAAGAUGGACUGGAAAUGGAAAAUGCUGAUGCCAUUCCUUAGUGAUGGAGAGCCAUCUGCAUUUUGCAGCAAGCACCCACAUGAGCCAGGUACAGGCAAUAUCUGGCCCACCCAAUUACAGUCAGGACACACCCAGAGCGUGCUCAGCAGUGGCAGGAGGUGGGAGGUGUCAUGUUGGCCUGCUGAAAGAGACGGUCUACAUUACCCAUAAUCACCAGGUUUGACGGGGACCCCAGGGAGAUGAUUGGCAGCCGAAGCUGAGAGUUAACACAUCUGUGAAUCAAUAACUUGGUGCUACUCUAAAAGCCAAUAGGCUUUUGGGUUCUUGGUGCUAAAGAGUCGGACAGUACAGAUAUUCUCAGUGUUGGAGUGAGGCCCUCUCUGUGCUGCAGUGGAGGGCUUCACAGACACAGCUAGUCUAGCUGGAUGCAUCACGCAGUAGAGCAGUUUGGCGGGCGUGGCACGCGGGAUUCCUUCCCUCUGGACGGACUCAACCGGGGACCAUGGACUCCCAUGGGCGGCCGCGCCUGGCAGCCACCUGCCAGGUGUUCGCCUGGAAUGAACCAACACCAGCUCCUUUCCCAUCUACCUCCUAGUCCUAUGGGUGGACUGAACCAUCCCAGUAAAUUCUUUAGUAAUGGGCCCAUGCGAGGAGGUGAGAAGCUUGAGCUCCCACAGCCAAUGUUACCAGGUCUUCAGAGGGAGCAGCAGAGACCUCCUCCUCAUCAUCAUCUUCAUCCUCCACCUCCCCACAGAGCAUGGGAGCAACUAGGUCAGCUGUAUGAAUCCCACCUCCCUCCUCAAGGACAUUCUGUUCCCCUGCCCAACGAGCAUUCACUCCGUCUCCAUAAUGGAGGCUAUGCAGGCAGCGGCGGGUCUCUCCCCAACCCCCAUCUUCCCCCCAGCAGACAAAACCAGCUAUUUAAGUUUGGGGGUCCUCAGGAGCAGCAUGUCCCCCGGGGUCCACCAUUGCUGGGAGAUGAGAUGUGGGCUCAGGUGCACCAGCAGAGGGGCUACCCAGGGAAGAUGCAAGGGGGUCAGCUGAAGAGACCAGGUCCUCCAUUGGGAGAGAACUCUGUUAUCCAGCACACUCCUCCGCCAUCACUGCACCCGUCGUCCCGCCCCGCCGCCGAGGACCGCCCUAGCCCAAGCAAGAGGAAAAAGAGUUCGGAUCAGGUAUCCCAUCAUGGGCUGCAGCGCUUCCCUGGCCCUUCUUUGACAUCUCCGCACCAGUCUUCGGCCCACCACCUCCCUCUAAAACCUGCCUUCUGGAACCCCAUUCACAAGAACAACAGCACUUCUUGGCAGCCCCCGACAUCUGAACGCAAGAACACGCCAUCCCAGGAGUUCCAGGAAACCAACAAACAUGGAAUGGGCAGCUACACCCAAAAAUCCUCUCCUGCCUCUUCCACUCCUUCAAACCUCUCCCCUCCAACAAACUCUUCUCCGGGAAGCUACAACCAGGGAUGUGCUCCUCAGCUUCAGAAAGACACAUUCCAACCUCAGGCUGUAAACCAGCAGCCCACCACCCUUCACUCCUCCUACCCCAGCCCCAGCUCAAAACUGGGGCUAGGUUCACCCUGCCAGGCCAUGGAGCCUCAUGGUGCUCACAACCAGAGAGGCCCUCUCACUGGGGGCCAAGGUGGCAGCCAAGCUACCUCUCACACGGCAUCUACCCCAACCAGGGGAGACAGAAAUCAACACCUACAUGCGCAGUCGUCACCAGCAAACCCUCCUGCUACCAGCAACAACAACAGCAGCAGCAGCAGCAGCAGUGUGCCUUACAGCCACUUCCAGCCUCAUCCAGGGCUGGGGCACCAGGGUCCCCCUACUCGUCCUCCAACCCCUCCUCCUGCCAGCAGCACCUCAGUACCUCAGCAACAGCAAAGUGGGCCUCAUGAGGCCUGGAGAUACCAGAGGAGGCCCAGCAGUCACUCCCUAGAGUCGGGCAUCUACAGGCCUCCAGGACUGCUACCUCAGCACCAGCAGAGCCACAGUCAGGUCAUGGAUAGUCAGGUUCCAGGUCCCCCCCAACAUCACCAUCAUGUCAGCCCUCCUCUGCCCCCAACAAACUCCACUCGAACACCUGUCAUCACCCCCAAUCUUCCCAUAUCGCAGGGCUCCUGCUCCAUCAGCGGCUAUAGAAACAGCAGCAGCUCUAGAGGUGUAACUAUGGCUGGCGCCUCCACGGUGACUACAUCACCCCCUGCUGGUUGCCCUGUGAACAACGGCAGCAGUAAUAACAGUUGGCAGGGAGGAAGACAGCCGGUAACCCAACCCUCCACCAGAGGCGUCAGUGGCCCCGCCUCUCAGCUGGAUGCGCUGCUGCAGCCAGGAUGUCAGAGAGGCCAAGUUGCCAACCAACCUCACCAGCAGGGGCUGGCCACACCACAACAGGGACCCACCAAGUCCCAACCCACGAAGGGGAAGAUGUCAUUCUAUUCUCAGGCUGAACUGGAGCAGCCUCCUGCGUUUUCCUCAUCAUCGUCUUUGUUCUCCUCAGGGCACCAGAGGGCAGGAGACAGUGUGAUUACAAGCAGAGUUUCAAAUCCUCUUCCUAGCUCUCCCACUACAUACCGCCCAGCUCCGCGCUCCACUGUCCGCUCUGGCCCUCAGACUUCCAAUCCAGCCCUCUCCUCUAGACUGGGUCAUCAGUCAGACUCAACACAGGCGUACUCUCGGCCGCAGGUUUGUCCACCAGCUCCAACCUCUGCUCCUCAGUCUAUCGAAGAGGCUCUUGACAAGCUCGACGCAGAGCUAGAGGGUCACAUGCAAGCUGAAGAAAGGAGGAAGAGGGACAGAGAGGAGCGCGAGAGAAAAAUGAGAGAAGAGGAGAGGCGGAAGAAAGAAUGGGAAAUAAGACAAAAGCGGGACGAGGAGAGGAAGAGGAAAGAGCUGGAAAAGAAGGAGGAGGAGAAGAAAAAGAGAGAACUGGAAAGACAAGAGGAGGAGAGGAGAAGGAGAGAAUGGGAGAGGCAGGAGCAGGAGAGAAAUCGGAGACAAGAAGAGGAGAGGAGGAGGAGAGAAGCAGAGAGGCUGGAGGAGGAGAGGAAAAAGAGAGACUGGGAGAGGCAGGAAGAGGAGAGGAAAAAGAGAGACUGGGAGAGGCAGGAAGAGGAGAGGAAGAGGAGAGAAUGGGAGAGGCAGGAAGAGGAGAGGAAGAGGAGAGAAUGGGAGAGGCAGGAAGAGGAGAGGAAAAAGAGAGAAUGGGAGAAGAAGGAGCGGGAAAGGAAGAGGAGAGAGUGGGAGAGGCAAGAGGAGGAGAGGAAGAAGAGAGAAGCAGAGAAGCAGGAGAGGAAGAAGAAAGAACUAGUGAGGCAGGAGGAAGAGAAGCGAAAACAUAGAGAGUUGGAGAGGAAAGAGGAGGAGAAAAAGAGGAUGGAGGAAGAGGAGGAACUGUGCUGUGCAAAAGGCAAAGAGCAGACAGCUAUUGAAAAUCUGGAGAGACUGCUUGCUGGCAGCACUUGUCCAACACCCCCACCUCCUCGCCUCUCUUCUGUUACUGCACCUUCAUCAGGUCCAUCGCCCCCCAACUCCCAGGCUUCACCCCCCUACCCCUGGCUAAGCCGUGGUGGCAUACUCCCUGGUCCACCAGGCCAGACACCCACCGCCACUACUCCUGUUGAAAGGCUGCGGCCGCCCCCUCUUACACCUCAGACCGAGUAUGCCAGGGAAAAGCAGCGGCAGAGGGAGAUGAGGAGCAAUUAUGGCGGAACGACUUUCAGUCCCUCAACAACACUCAGCACCUCAGGGAUGAACCAGUCGAUAUACGCCAACAAGCCCCCGGCAAUGCAAGCCGCACCCAACCAGUCCAAAGACUCAGCCAGGGAGAGAGACGGCAGCCAACACUCCCUCCCUACCGUGGCACUUAGAGAGCCCCCAAAACUCUAUCAGGCUUUUCCCAGAGAAACCCUCCCACCACCACCUUUAUCCUCCAGCUCCAGCUCCACAAGGGGAAAUGACUCUGACAGUGCUCAGUUUGAGGAAGAGCCCUCUGAGAUGUCCACACUGCUCCCUGAUGGUCUGGCUAACAUUAUGGCCAUGCUGGAUGAAUCUAUCAAAAAGGAAGAGGAGAUGUAUAGCAGUGAAAAGACUGGCUCCGCAGGUCUUCUUGACAACUUUGCUCCUAGUGUCCAGCCUAUCAAGAACUACCUGUGUGCCCCAGACCUCAUUCCGGCAACCAAGCAUCAGCCCAACCAGGAAGACUUUGGAUCCAAUCAGCACGCUAGCCCUCCUGUGCUCAGCCGCCAAGGCUCUCUGGCGUCCCCUUGCAGCCGAACAUCUUCUCUCAACGAGGAGGACGAGGACUACCUUAAACCUUCUCCAAAUGUCCCUAAACAGUCAAUGCACAUGGGAAUGGGAGUAGGCAACACCAAUUACCGCCACAGUGACCUGGCUAAGCUUUAUGGCCUCCCCGAGCAGACUAAAAGUGAGGCUGAUGAGGAGGACGACGAAGAGGAUUCUGAGACCCCAUCAUGUUCUCCACCACCCCAAAGACCCCACCUCCACCAAACGGGUGUAAACAACAUGUUCAAGUCGCUAGCAACAGUCCUAGAGAGCCAGAAGUAUGCUUACCGUGGUGGGCCUUUCGGAAGACCCCCUCCUUCGGCGCUGGUUGGGGUCAAAUAUUCCUCUUCACUUUCACUGGGCCCUGAUAUCUGCCGCCAGCAGCAAGGCAACUCUCCCACGUCAGAUUCAACUAAUCCACCGUUCAGUCCAGUUGUCCCACCUCUCAAGGCCUCUCCUGCUUCUCUGCUGGAGGAUAAGAAACUGAAAAUAGAGGACGCUGAUGUCUGGAGAGAUGAUGGAGAGACACCAGAGGACAGAAUGAAGUCUACCAAAAAGGAGAGCUUCCCUACAAUAAACCCAAUUAAGGUGGUCAAGGAGGAGCAACAGUUGACGACCAUCUCUGAGUCGUCUCUGGCGGAGUUGGGCAAGAGCUGCGAGGUCAUGCUCAGUCGACAGUCACUUCCCAACAAGAACUCCCAUGAUAAACCAGACAAAGUGGGGGACAGACACAAACCUAAAGUAAAGGAACACAGAGAGAAAGACAGAAACAGGGACAGAGAAAGGGAGAAAGAGAAGAAGAGGAAGCACGGUCACAGUCACAGCAGCAGCAGGAAGCAUGAAGACCGGAAAGAAAAGAAGAAGCAUAGAGAAAAGAGAGACGAGAUGGCCUUCUCCUCUUCGUCAUCCUCUUCAUCCACUCACUCCAGCCACAAGCGGCACAAGGAGGGCAAGAGCCAUAAGGAGAAGGAUCGGAGAAUUCUUGGUGACCUCAACCUCCAAAGCAAGGAGGGGUCUGAGAAGAAUCGGGGUCAUUGUGACACAGAUAAAAAGAAACGCAAAGAAGCAUCCGGAGCCAGCUCCACCAAUGAGGGGGAGCACGCAGAGUGGGCCUCGGGAAGUUCUGAAGAGAGAUCCUCCGAGCACAACAAAGGCCCUGAAUCUGGUUCUUCACUAGGUUCAACAGACUUCUUGAAACUGAAGGCGCUGUCAGACGGGCCACCCAAGGAGCUGAAGAUUCGUCUGAUCAAAGUGGAGAGCGGGGACAGGGAGACGUUCAUUGCCUCUGAGGUGGAGGAGAAGAGGAUCCCUUUGGAAGACAUCACCAUCAAGAACACGGCCAGUGAAAUUAUCAGGUCCUGCAAGGGGACCAGAAUAAAAGAGAAGUUCAGAGAAUCAUUCUUGCUUCCAGCCUUCUCUGUCAAGCCCAUCAUGACCUCUGAGGAACGCAUUCCAAGAGAGAAACUCAACCCUCCUACACCCAGCAUCUAUUUGGAGAGUAAGAGGGAUGCCUUCUCCCCUGUGCUGCUGCAGUUUUGUACAGACCCCAAGAAUCCUGUUACUGUCAUCAGAGGCCUGGCUGGAUCUCUGCGACUCAACCUGGGGCUGUUUUCUACAAAGUCACUGGUGGAAGCAAAUUCAGAGCAAGCAGUGGAGGUCAGGACUCAGGUACAGCAGCCUGCUGAUGAGAAUUGGGACCCCAGUGGGACAGGUCAGACGUGGCCCUGUGAGAGCAGCCGCUCCCACACCACCAUCGCCAAGUACGCCCAGUACCAGGCCUCCAGCUUCCAAGAGAGUCUGCAGGAGGAGAAAGGCAGCGAUGAGGAGGAUGAUGAAGACGAUGAGAAGAAGCCAUCCAUCGGUUCUGAUAUGUCCAGCAAGGACGGCUCUAAAGAAAGUAGCAGUGCUGAGCAGAAACCAGUGGGGAAGAUAAUUAAAUUUGGCACAAACAUUGACCUCUCAGAUCCCAAGAGGUGGAAGCCCCAGCUUCAGGAGUUGCAGAAGCUGCCAGCAUUUAUGCGUGUGGCAUCCAGUGGAAACAUGCUGAGCCAUGUCGGUCACACCAUCCUAGGCAUGAACACUGUCCAGCUCUACAUGAAGGUUCCAGGGAGCCGAACGCCAGGUCACCAGGAGAACAAUAACUUUUGCUCGGUGAAUAUCAACAUCGGCCCCGGAGACUGCGAGUGGUUCUCUGUCCAUGAGGACUACUGGCAAGCCAUCAAUGACUUCUGUGAAAAGCACGGAGUGGACUACUUGACAGGGUCCUGGUGGCCGGUCCUGGAGGACCUCUACAACGCCAACAUCCCUGUGUACCGCUUCAUCCAGCGGCCUGGAGACUUGGUGUGGAUCAACGCUGGAACUGUUCACUGGGUUCAGGCUGUUGGCUGGUGCAACAACAUUGCCUGGAAUGUCGGACCUCUCAAUGCUUACCAGUACCAGCUGGCCCUGGAGAGGUUUGAGUGGAACGAAGUAAAGAAGGUCAAAUCCAUCGUCCCCAUGAUUCAUGUGUCCUGGAACGUGGCCCGCACUGUGAAGAUCACAGACCCAGACACCUACAAGAUGAUUAAACACUGCCUGCUGCAGUCCAUGAAGCACAUCCAGAUCCUGCGGGACCAACUGGUGGCUGAAGGCAAGAAGAUUUCCUAUCAGAGUCGGGUCAAGGACGAACCUGCCUACUACUGCAACGAGUGUGAUGUGGAGGUGUUCAAUUUGUUGUUCGUGACAAGUGAGAACAGCAGCAGGAAAACAUAUGUGGUUCACUGUGAGGACUGCGCACGUCAGCGUAGCCCCAACCUGACCAACGUCGUGGUGCUGGAGCAGUACCGCAUAGAGGAGCUCAUGAACACAUAUGACUCCUUCAGCCUGGCCACCUCCUCCCGGUGACAGCGCUCCCCUUCCUGCGUCUCCUCAGCCAUAACCAAAACUCCUGCCAGACAGGACAAAAGACAGUUUCACUUUGGUUUUCAACUAACCCUUUCAUUAUUUAAAGAUCAUUUUUGCUACUACUGCUAAUACUUGCCGAACAGCCAGUUGAAUACGUUUACUCAUUUUACUGUUUACAAAAAGAGAUACCAAGCCGCCAAUAAAACAUACCAGUUUACUCUCAGAUGGUGCUUUCAACCAGUAACCCUGGCAACUCUGAUGUUGAGACCCAGGGGGCAGUUGGUGCUGCCAUUGAACAGACUGUGGAGAGAAGGUGAUGCUUUCAAUGGCGUGUUUCUGUCAGUACCCGAGAGAACUUUUCUGUUGUCGUCUUGAAUACUGAAAUUUGUACAUGCUGUUUGCAAUUUUUUGUGGGGUGCUGUCUUUUUUAAAAUAAUUUAUUGUUUUGUUUUUUUCUAAACUAGAUCAGCCUAGAUAUAUACCACAUUGGCCUUGUAUUUAGAAAAGAGAGAAAAUGAAAAAUACUAAUAAUAGAGAUAUGAACAUUUUUCUAAAGCAUUAAGAAUUUAAAAAAAAAAAUACAAGUGUUUGGAAUGCUUCAAAACAUACGGGUUUUAAUGACUUUGGUUGUUUUGGGGGGGAUUUCAUUUUUGUCUUUCAGAUUCUUGUAUGUGUUGUAAAUCUUGUGUUUGUAUGAAUUAUACUUUUUUCUUCUGGAGAUUAAUAUUCAGUUGACACUCAUCAGGUCUUUUUGUUCAUUUCUUCCAUCUCUGUAUGAACUAUCUUGGAAAAAAAGAAAAAAAUCAUGGUCAUCUGGUGUUUGCGUGUUGUACCUCUGACUGAUUUGUUCUAAUAUGCAGACUUAGUAUUUCCUGGAGUUUUGUUUUGGCAUUGUACAUUUAAUUUAAAAUGUUUCCUCUAUUUAUUGGAUAUCAAUGUUCUCCCUUUUUGAAUAGGGUUGUACAAGUUUGCAAUUUUUUUCUCUUUAUUUUUUAUAGUGACCGAUUGCUCUGUAAGAACUGAAAUGUGGGGGUUGUGUGUCCACAGGAGUGGAGGCUGCUGUUUCUCUGGUGCUCGCCUCUCACGACUCCUGCCUUUUUCUCCUGAUAUAUAUUAAAUGAUAUCUUUAUCAUGAAUAUAACGCCACCUUUCCUGUAGACGAUAGGCACACUGCUCACGUAGAGAAGAUGACUAAUGGAAUGCUGUGUUUGUAUGCUCAUUAAGGAAAAAAACAAAACUACUUUUUCCAAAGUGUUUGAGAAAUUGUAAUUUUUUUUAUUAUGUAGGGGGCUUUUAGACGAGAUUUUAAUGAUUUUAUGAUAUUAUCUGUUGAAUAUGAUAACGGGAUAGAUGGUGCUAAAUGUUCUCUUUGAACAACCUUUUUUUUUUUUUCCUGUUUGUCUUCUUAAAAUGAGAAUUCUAUUUUUCCUGUUGCAAUAUUACCUUACCCCUUUCCUUCUCUUUGUGGUCGUUUAUUUAUAACUGCACUGUUUAGAGAAUUCACACAGACAUACUUGCAGACACACACACACCAAACUGAGCCAGACAUGUCUUAAAACACUUGUGAAUUUGUGUGACAUUACUAUGACUAUUAAUAAUAAACGCUUUUUGAUAAAUCCA